GUCUAAUGUGAAAAUGUUAGUUGAAAGGUGACCCAAAGUGAAAUACCGGUAAUAAAAGGUGACCCAAAGUGAAAUUUCCUCAAAGAAAAAUAACCAUUUCUAAUUGAACGGUCAAUUCUUACCCAUUCAUGGUUCGAUUAACCAUGAAUCGGUUAACCGAACGGUCCAAAACACUGAGCCAACUGCCAACCAAGGCAAAACGGGCCAGUCAACGGACACGUCACCCGGUCAGCGCCAUCGAGCUCACGCCGCGUGUCUCCUCUCCUCCUCAUGCCGAGGAGACGACGAGCACGAGAUCUCUCUCUCUCUCUCUCUCUCUAGCUUCCACCUCCUGAUCCACCCGAACCCUAGAAUCCACUGCGACGAGCAGCUGAGGAAGAGGAGGAGGAGGAGGAGGCGUUCUCCUGGGAGGGGACCCCGUCCCGCCCGUUUCCGCCAUGGCGGCGGCGGCGGCUUCGUCCUCCUCCUCGCCGUGGGCGGGGCGGAUGGCGGCGGCGUUCGGGGCGCCGUUCCUGUGGCUCGUCUGCCUGAUCUACUUCAUCCAGGGUUUCAGGUCUUUUGUCUGGACAGCUGUCUCGUACCAAAUGAAGGACAUGAUGAAACUGUCACCAUCAACAUCACAGUUUUUGGUCUCAGUUGCAUAUUUCCCUUGGAGUAUAAAGCCUGUAUAUGGGAUUUUGUCAGACUGUAUUCCCAUCAAGCAGAGGAAGCGUACGCCCUAUUUGAUCAUUUCUAGCUGUCUAUCUCUAUUUCCGUGGCUAAUCCUUGGGAUGUCAGAACCUUUGAGGAGCUCAAGCAAUUUUCUUACUGCUUUGCUGAUAGUACAGAACUUGGGAUCUGCCAUGGCAGAUGUUGUUAUAGAUGCAAUGAUUGCAGAAGCAGUUCGAUCAGCUGGGCCAGAAUUUGCUGGUGAUCUCCAGUCACUAUCUUGGUCAUCAAUGGCAGUAGGGGGGAUUUUUGGGAGCUUAUUGGGGGGAUAUGCACUGUCCAAUCUCCCUAUACAUGUUAUAUAUAUUAUUUUCUCGGCGCUUCCAUUGUUUCAACUAAUUUCCUGCAUAUUUGUUGAGGAAUCUCCAAAAGGAUUUGAGAGUAGAAUGGAUAAUGCUGCACCUAAACAUGUCGAGGAUCAAACUAUUGAUGCUUCUCCCGGAAAAAGCUCUAGUGAAUCAUAUAAAUAUGAAGAUACUAGAAGGCGAAAAGGAGCUAGGAGAAAUAAUAAAAGGAAAUCAUUGUCCAAACGACCUGAGGACCAUGACAAGAACAAGUCAACUAACUUAAGGCCAUACUUGUCUCUGAAAUCAGCAUUCUUCAGUUUAUGCACAGCAUUCAAACAACCAACUAUUUUACGACCUAUGGCGUGGUUUUUCUUUUCGAAUGUAGCAAUUCCAAAUAUCUCAACAGUCAUGUUCUACUAUCAAACAGAGGUCCUACAUUUGGAGGCAUCCUUUCUGGGGACUGCACGUGUAAUUGGGUGGUUCAGUCUAAUGCUUGGCACAUAUAUCUACAACCGCUAUUUUAAACACAAGAAACUCAGGAAUAUUCUCAUGUUUGCACAUGUUGGUCUUGCCAUAAUUGGCGUACUGGACAUUCUUUUGGUGUUGCGGUUACAUGUUCACUAUGGAAUUACAGACAAAUACAUGGUCUUGUGGGGUUCUGCUUUGGCUGAUGCAAUUAACCAGUUCAAGAUGAUGCCGUUCCUCAUCCUCUCUGGGCAGCUUUGCCCUCCUGGAAUCGAGGGAACACUGUUCGCUCUGUUCAUGUCCAUCAACAACUUUGGCUCGACUUUAGGCUCAUUCUUGGGAGCGGCUCUGGCGUCAGCUUUAAGCAUCUCAUCAGCACAAUUCGACAAUCUGGCGCUCGGCUUAGGUGUACAGCUGAUUGGCACUCUCCUACCGGUUGGAUUUUUGUUUCUGAUACCAAAGGAAGUUACAGGGCUAACGUCAUAGGAAGAGGGAUACACAUACCUGACCAUCAUUUUCUUUUUUCCGGAUUGGUUUGCAGUCUUAAGUGCUGGAGUAAUUCAGAACAGAAAAAUUAAAGGUAGCAUGAUGAAGGUACUAAGGUAGUCAAUUCUGUUGAAAGAUGUAUACAUGAAUACACUAGAGUGAGGAAGAAUACAAAUAGACAGUAGAUGGUAGGCAUUGCCAAGAGUUGAGCAAAGGUUAUGUACCUGCGUAAUGUACUACAGUGGAAGUGACAUUUUUUCCCCGGAGAAAUUGACAUUACUGACAUUGGAAUCUCUCU